AUGCACACUCCUCACUCUACACCUGCCCCUGCGCAGCAAAGCUCCCAGCAAGAAACCACUUCUCCGAUAACAACAACAAAAAGAAGAAGAAACAAGGUUCCACCACUUACCCGAACUAAAAAACGAGCCCUUUUACGAUGCUGUCUCCAGUGCCAGGAGCCCUACAAGCGCGGCACAAAGAAGAACUAUUGGAAAUGCAUCAGUCUCCAGUUUGAGCGGGUUGCCAAUCGGGCGUUUACUGCUGUUUCGUGUGAGCGUGCGAUAACCAAGUUGGUUAAUGGGAGGAGGAGGUGUUUGAAGGAUCUUGCUGUUGGUGGUGGCGAUGCAGAUAUUGAGAUUGGGCAGGGGGAUGGGGAGUUGGAUGCGCUUGUGGAUGAGCUGAUGAAGGUACAUGAACAACAAUAUUCAGGAAUCGUAUCGGCCGUACCUGGGGAUGUGUCUUUUUCUUCUUCUUUUUCCUCUUUAUGUGCCAUGAGACCCGUCACAGACAGCGGCAACAAGCAGCAGUUGGGAGAAAAGCAAGAGAGGCGCAAUACGCUUCUAAUCCCAAUUCUGGACCGAGUAGCUAACGAGCUGUGUGAGAUGCCACCCGGUGUCUCAAAACGUCUGGAGUCCGUGGAGAUGUCAGUUCAGGAAGUCAAGCAAGCAUACAAUAGCCAAAUGGAAAAUAUGGAAGAGGUUCUGACUGCGAUGGGUGAGAUCUUGACGGAGUUACCGGGCCAAUGA